AUGUUGUCCAACAACAGAAUUCUCCAGCACUUCAACCGCCAUCUGGCGAUUGCCUUUGCAGUCAUCGCCGUGUCCACCUUCAACUAUGGCUUUGAUAAUGCAGCUUAUAACAAUACACAGGCCAUGGAGGCUUUCCAGGAGCAAUUCGGCGAGUGGGAUGCUGAGAAAGGCAAGUAUGCCAUUCCACCAUCGUGGCUGUCUCUGUUCAACAGCUUGAACUAUAUCGGCUUUGGAGCUGGUGUCAUUAUUGGCAGCCUUGUCAGUGAGCGCUGGGGUAGGAGAUGGUGCAUGUUUGUCAUGAGUACCUGGGCGCUGGUUCCAGCUAUCAUGGCUGUUACAUCGACGAGCAAGCAUCAGAUCAUGGCUACGAGAAUUCUCAAUUAUAUCUACAUUGGCAUGGAACUUGCUGUUGUCCCCGUUUACCAGUCUGAGAUCAUGCCCCGUGAAAUUCGUGGCUUUGCAGUUGGCUCGUACCAGUUCAGCUUGAUGUCUGGAACUCUGAUUGUGGCAUGUGUCUGCCGAGGAACGAGCACUCUAUCCGGUAACCUAUCAUUCCGAAUCCCUUUUGGUCUUUUCUUCAUCAUCCCUGUCGUCGUCAUGUGUGCCAUCUUCUUCAUCCCCGAGUCUCCCCGAUGGCUACUCACCAAAGACCGAACUGAGGAAGCUCGCGCUGCCCUUGGAAAGUUACGAGAGGGCAAAGAGACCGAAGCCGAGAUCGACGAGAGCUUUGCAGCUCUUCAAUACGCGUUGGAGCAUGAACCUGAGCAGGGGAACUACCUCGAACUGUUCCAGGGAAAGAAUUUGAAGCGAACAGCUAUUGUUGUGGCUAUGAACUUCUUCCAGCAAGCUACCGGUCAAGCCUUUGCAUCAACAUAUGGGGCAAUCUUCAUCCGAGAUAUCGGAACUGUCAACCCUUUCACCAUGACCAUCGUCAACGCGAUUGUCAACCUCUGCUCAGCUUUUGCUGGUCUCUAUCUCGUUGAUCGAGCUGGUCGGCGCCCUCUUCUGUUGACCAGCGCUGGCUGGAUGUUCUGCGCCAUUAUCACGAUGGGCGCUCUCGGCACAGUUCCCAACCCGUCUUUCGGUGUCAAAUCAGGCAUCGUAGCAAUGCUCACCCUCUUCGGAUCCGGCUUUACUUUUGCCUUCGCCCCCCUCAACUACGUCAUCACCACCGAAAUUCCUGCCCUGCGACUUCGCGACGCAUCUCAGCGAACAGCCUCCAUCGUCAAUGUCGUAGCCAACUUCCUUGUCAGCUUCAGCAUACCUUACAUGCUGUAUCCUCAAUACGCCGGUCUAGGCUCAAAGGUCGGAUUCGUUUUCGCUGGCAUUUUAGCUUUGGCUAUUGUCUUUGUUGUCUUUUGCGUUCCUGAGUGCAAGGGCAAGUCUUUGGAGCAGGUUGAUCGCAUGUUCAAUGAGGGUAUUGCUCUUCGCAAGUUUGGCAACUACAAGCCUGAGGAUCUUACUGGGGAUAUUGAGGAGAUGGGAGGCAAGGAGAAGGGAAAUGCUUCAGUUGUUGUGAACCACCGCGAACAAUCAUAA